AUGCAAUGUGACAGUUUGUUCAAUAGUUUAUUGAAAUAAUUUUUUUCCAACAGCUAUGAAGAAUUUAAGACAUAUUUGAUAAAGAAAGGCUGUAGAAUGGAUAACAAAAAGAAACGGAAAGGAAAGGUUGCUCCUACAGGAGAAGAGAACAGCUCUUUUGAACUAGACAUACGAUCUGAUAUUCAGAAUAAUAGCAAACUUAUUAACACAUUAAAGAACAAAGUGAUGGAAACUACAAACAAGCAAAAUGCAUUGUCUGCCAUUGUUGGUGCAAAAGGCAUGGCCUCAAAGUGGAAGCAUUAUGCAUCAAUCAAGCGGGUCAUGAAGUCCAAAAAUACACAAGAUGAUGAAGAAAAUGCAGCCAUUAAGGGGAAAGGAAUAGACCAGAUGGAAGAGAUGGACGCUUUUAAACCUUUUGGCAUGAAACAGGACACCAAAAAGAAACUCCGCUCAGCCAACGAUAAAACACUGAUUGACUAUUUUUAUCAACUGGGGCAGUCCAGGGACCCUAAUGCCAAAGUGGACCUGGAUUUUGUUGAUUCAUUAAUUAAGAAUGGGGCUAACAUAAAUUGUUCAGACAAACAUGGACAGACAUUAAUGCAUGAGGUCUGUCGCACCUGGCAUAUUGAUGUAGCUAAGUUUCUCUUGGAACUGGGAGCAAAUGUGAACCAGGCUGACAAAUAUGGCAGAACACCAUUACAUGUUGCUGCAGCAGUAGAUUAUCCAGAAAUGGUGGAAAUACUCAUUAAAAAUGGAGCUGAUAGAGAAUCACUUAGCAAUGAAAAACAAACACCAGUCCACUAUGCUGCCAAAAAUGAUGCAUGUAGUUCCCUGAAAAUGUUGCUUAAAAUGAAGUGCAAAUAUAAUGAUGUUCGAGAUUACAAGGGCAGGACACCUCUGUUUGUGGCAGCAGAACUGGAUCGGAGUGAGACAGCCAGUCUUCUGUUGGAAUAUAAAGCAGAUGUCAGAAUUACAGAUGAUAGUGGAAUGAAGCCAUUAAGUUGGAUGAUUACUAAAAUGCCCCCUGUGGCUUUGGAUGCUUUAAAGCAGUUCCACUCUACAGAUCGCCCUAACAGAAGACAAUACUUCUACCUUAAUGACCUCAUCACUGACAGAGCUAAAGAUCCAAAAGCACAAAGUUUAACUCCUCUGCAAUGUGCCACUCACUUUAGGCAGUAUGAUCUUCUCUCACACAGAGUCAUGCUUGCACUUAUAAAUCAAAUGUGGGUCAAGUUUGGAAGGAUCCGGGCAUGGUUUAAUCUACUUCUUAACUUUGCCUACAUCAUGAUAUGGACUGUGUAUGGCCUGUUGAUAGAGUAUGAUGUCCGCUACAAGUAUGACCUUCCAGACCAGUGGUGGAGGAUAGUACUCCUUGUGGCAGCCAUUGGGUUUACAAUCUGGCAGAUUAUAGAGGAAGUGUUGGAAUAUAAACGGUCUCUCCAGUUCCAUAAUAACUGGGUUAAUUAUAGAAGAAAGCAGAUAGAGGAGGACCUUAAAUAUUGUCACCCCAGGUGGACCGAGGAGAGUGAUUACCUCAAGAAAGAACUGGCUAAUCUAGAUGAAGCAAGACCUAGAUACUGGUCAGAUUUCUGGAAUAUCUUUGACUGGAUCUGCUACGUUUUUCUUAUUGCCAGCAUUGCUACGCACAUUGUGGAUAUUUUUGUCCACACAGAUGAUUUGGCUCGAUCACAUAUCAGAAUCAUGUCCGUGACAAUUAUAUUGUUGUGGCUUCGUUUGAUGAAGGUUGCCAGGGCAUUUUCUCUCUUAGGACCUUUUAUUGUGAUGCUGUCUCACAUGGUGAAGGAUCUCCUCAGAUUUGCCUUCCUCUAUCUAGAGUUCUAUCUGCCAUUUGUGUGUGCAUUUUGGAUGAUAUUUGGAGGCAGCAAGAGAGACUACUAUGAUUAUAACAACAUAGUAAAUGUGGAAGGGUAUGGAAAUUUUGGGGAUGUGUUCUACAGUCUGUUCAGACUGACUCUAGUGGAUGAGUAUGACUUCCCUAACAUGGAGAAAGUGGACCCAAUAAUGGCUAAGAUUCUAGUUGGCUUUUGGCUGGCUCUGUCUGCAGUUCUCUGUCUGAACCUCUUCAUUGCUCUUCUGUCUGAUACAUUUCAAAGAGUCUAUGAUAAUGCCCAGGCUAAUGCAGUGAUGCAGAAGGCACUCAUGACCCUUAGCAUUUGGGAAAAUAUGUCUCAAUCCCGACGCAAUACUUUUUAUGAUUUCAUGAAAAAUACCUGCAAUCCUUGGAAUGAUUACUACGACGAUGACAUGACUGAAGAGGGAGAGGAGGACAUGAAGAAGGUCACCAUGCAGAUCAAGGAUGACCUAGAUGACUUAAGAGAAGCAUUUGAUUCAAAGUUUGGAAAGCGGAAAGAGGAUGAAGAGGAGGAAGACCUGAACAACAAAUCUCGGAUGGUUGAUGUGGAGAGAUUUGAGAAUGAGAUCGGAAUUCUGCGAGACAGUAUAACUGAAUUACGAGUUAGACAGGAUGAUAUGAUGGAGAAUAUACAGACAAGCGUCAACACCAUUACAGGCCUCUUAAAUCAGUUGCUUGGAAACCCACCUGAAGCCAGUGAGGUUGAGCUGGAAUUAGAAACUAGACAAAGAUCGGCAAGAGGCCAUCCAAAGAAAUCCAAGAAGAAGAAGACAGACAGACAGCAGAUUAUCCACGAGGAUGACAAAGCUUUGUUAGAACCAACAACCCCUCCUACCCAGUCUCAGGUGCUACAAACACCUCCCACUGUUGAUGUUUCCAUGGCAGAUUUCUCUCCUCGAGACUUCACUCAACUGUCCCAACCAACAUUUAGUCCCAGAAGGCCACAGGAUGGUCAUGACCCUUCCACAGAAUGCUGAAUUAUUAUAGGCAUUGCAAACUAUCUGUGAUAUAUAAUUCUGAAAUAUUGUCAAGAAAAAAAGUUAUUUUGAUUUAAUAAGAAUUUCUGUACCAUAGUUUUCUAGUGAUUAAAAACUUGAGAUACACCAACCACAUGUACAAAGUAUCACAUUUUAUUUUUUAUAAUUUCUGAGUUGUUUAUGUAAUGCUAGAUUUUAUUUUACCUUAAGAACCAUUAACUUGUUUAAGAAAUCCAGAAGGUUUCAAGGAGAAAAAACUUUACAUUCGGUGAUUUAAGUUUUAUAUUAAGUUUUAGUUGUGAUUUGUAUUAGACAGUGUCCGUCCAUUUAUUUGAAAAGAGUUUUAACUAACAAUUCUUUUAUGUUUUAUUUUUAUGAAAGCAUAAAUGUAUAGAGCAUGUUAUAUUUAUAUUUUUAAAUAUUUAACAUGCCUCAUGUCUUCUUUACAAAUUUAAGUGUAUGUUCUAGGUGCUAUAGUAUGCUUUCCUUUUUUGUUAUUCUAAUGUACUCAUUUCCCCCCAUCUCUGUUGUGAAUUAUACUGUGAUAUAUUAUCUGUAAGUACAUGUAACAUUGCUCAGUACUAAAAAUAGAAAUGUGUACAAUGUACAUCUGCACCUAACGGACCUUUUACUGUGUUGACGUACAAUGACUAUAUAUUUAGAUUUAAUAUAAUUUGUGCUGGGAGUGCAUUGUAUCUUCCUUUAUAGCCUUCAGAAUUGUCACCUUUAAAAUACCUUUUUAUUUGUAUAUUCUGAAACUUAUGUAUAGGAUAAUAACAGUUCAAUAGGAUAGAUUCCAAAAUACUUUACACAUUUUUCAUGAGGCAUUAGAAGUAAGCAUAGUGAUCAAACAUUUAUCCAACUUGUUUACAUGUAAUACAAAUGUAACUUUGAAGAAUUCCACACUGUAUAUUUGAUGCAUACAUAUAUUUUUGAUGUAUACAUAUUUUUAUUUUGGUACAGAAAUGCAUUUUUAUGAACCAAUUGGCAAAUACUAACAUGUUUACAUGUAAGUAUGCAUAUUUUGGUCAGUCACUCUCCAAGCCUUUUUACUUGAUCAUUUAGGUAUAAAAGUGACAUGCAUUGUAUAUUUAAAAAUUAUGUUAUACAGUGUAUCUUUCUUUUUAUAGACUUCUAAUGAGUGCCAAAUAACUAAGGUCUAUUUUACCAUCAUAAUUGCUAACCACUGGUUUUGUGUCCAUUCUAUUUCCACAAACAAAUAUAAAAUAAAAUGGACACAAAACCUGUGGCUUGUGAUGAUGUUCUUCCCUGUGUUUUUAUUAUAAUCUCAGAGAAAACCAAUCAGACUUAUAUUUGUUUGUAUUGUGGAGAAAUAUGCAGGUGCUUAACAAAAAAAGAUCAGACAAAAAGUUGUGACAUUCAUAAACUUGAUUUUAUUUGAUUAAUUCUUUCAUUUAUAUUCUCUUAAGAAAAGAAUCAAAUGUUAUAUGUACCCUGUAGUGUAGUUUAUACGGUGUAAGUUUUCUGGGUAUGAAAAAGUAGGAUACUAACUGGGAAAUAAAUGACAAAUGUAAAACU